GGGAGAGCACGUUUUGUUUCUUUCACGCUGGCCUUAAAGAGGAUAUAUUAGAAGUUGAAAGGGAAGGGGUGCGAAGCAGGCCGAUGGCGCAAAGGUACGACGAUUUACCCCAUUACGGUGGGAUGGAUGGAGUGGGGAUCCCGAGCACCAUGUACGGGGACCCCCAUGCCGCCAGAUCCAUGCAGCCCGUCCACCACAUGAAUCACGGUCCUCCGCUUCUCCAUCAAUACCCGCACACAGCUCACACCAACGCCAUGCCCCCAAGCAUGGGCUCCUCCGUCAAUGACGCUUUAAAGAGAGAUAAAGAUGCCAUUUAUGGACACCCCCUCUUCCCACUCUUAGCACUGAUUUUUGAGAAAUGUGAAUUAGCGACAUGCACUCCCCGGGAACCCGGGGUGGCGGGCGGCGAUGUUUGCUCCUCAGAGUCUUUCAACGAAGACAUAGCAGUGUUUGCCAAACAGAUCCGAGCAGAGAAACCCUUAUUUUCUUCUAAUCCUGAACUGGAUAACUUGAUGAUCCAAGCAAUACAAGUAUUAAGGUUUCAUCUGUUGGAAUUAGAGAAGGUACACGAAUUGUGUGACAAUUUCUGCCACCGGUAUAUUAGCUGUUUGAAAGGGAAAAUGCCUAUCGAUUUGGUGAUAGACGAUAGAGAAGGCGGAUCAAAAUCAGACAGUGAAGACAUAACCAGAUCGGCGAAUCUAACAGAUCAGCCUUCCUGGAACAGAGAUCACGAUGACACAGCGUCAACACGUUCAGGAGGUACACCGGGACCCUCCAGUGGGGGACAUACAUCACACAGUGGUGACAACAGCAGCGAACAAGGUGACGGCUUGGACAACAGUGUAGCUUCUCCCAGCACAGGUGAUGAUGAUGAUCCAGAUAAGGACAAAAAGCGACAUAAAAAGCGUGGCAUCUUUCCCAAAGUAGCCACAAAUAUCAUGAGGGCAUGGCUGUUCCAGCAUCUAACACAUCCUUACCCUUCAGAAGAACAGAAAAAGCAGUUGGCACAAGACACAGGGCUCACAAUACUUCAAGUGAACAAUUGGUUUAUUAAUGCUAGAAGAAGAAUAGUUCAGCCCAUGAUAGACCAGUCCAACCGAGCAGUAAGCCAAGGAACACCUUAUAACCCAGAUGGACAGCCAAUGGGAGGUUUUGUGAUGGAUGGUCAACAGCACAUGGGGAUCAGAGCGCCAGGACUGCAAAGUAUGCCAGGGGAUUAUGUGUCUCGGGGUGGUCCAAUGGGCAUGAAUAUGGGACAGCCAAGCUAUACACCACCCCAGAUGCCCCCACAUCCAGCUCAGCUGCGUCAUGGCCCCCCCAUGCAUACCUACAUUCCUGGACACCCACACCACCCAGCAAUGAUGAUGCAUGGAGGACCACCCCACCCUGGAAUGCAGAUGCCAGCAACUAGCCCCACAAUGCUCAAUACAGGAGACCCAGCAAUGAGUGGACAAGUGAUGGACAUUCAUGCUCAGUAGCUUAAGGGAAUAUACUUUAUCUUCAAUAAUGGCAAAUUUGAAAUACUGUCGUUCUUCAACGACUUAGCGGAGUUUCAUUCUUGGCAUCUAGUUUGGACCAAGGAACAAUCCUAUAUUUGUCUUUAUAGGGACCCUGAAAAGCAGGAAAGACACGCCAACUGAGGACAACUUCUGGGGACAUGCAAAAUAACUAUAUAAGGCAACAGAGUGGAAUAUUGUAAAAUGCUAUUAUUCUGUUAUCCAUAUUACGUUGUUUCUUAUAGAUUUUUUAAGAAAAAAAAUGUGAAUUUUUUUCCACACUAUGUGUGUUCUUUCCAUAACUCUUCACUUCCUCCAGAAGCCUCCUUACAUGAAAAGGCCUUACAAUUACCCUGCAAAUGGCAAAAAAGAUAUAUUUGCAGGAUUUUUAGAGCAUUAAAAUACCUUUGUCAGGCAGAAGAACAUUUCUUCUAUCCUAGGAUUUCAGCCAUGCACUCUGUAUUUCUCUCUCUCUGUGUCUUCCUCCCUCCCUUCCCCCCUUUUUUCUAGCCUGGGGCGUGAAUUUGCAUGUCUAAUUCAUUUACUCACCAUAUUUGAAUUGGCCUGAACAGAUGUAAAUCGGGAAGGAUGGGAAAAACUGCAGUCCUCGAAAAUGAUUAAUCAGCUGUUGCAGGCAAUGUCUUAAGGAGACUGGUUGGAGGAGGCAUGGAAACCAAGAGAAAGUGUAUUUGAACCUAUUUGUCACAUCAGAGCAUCACUGUCCCCAUGCAGCAACAACAACAACCACCUACAUCACUUCCUGUUUUAUGCCGCUCAGAACAUGAACUAUUUUACUAUGUUGACUUUAUUUUUUGGGCAAAACAUCGGUCAUGUGCAUUUUUCCAUAGUCCCAUCAUGGAGCAUAUAUGUAUACAUUGUAAAUAAAUUUUGUGCAAAAAGGACUGGAAAAAUGAACUGUAUUAUUGAUUUUCUUUUUUUUCUUUUUGUAAAAGUAGCAGUUUGGUAUGAGUUGGCAUGCAUACAGAUUUACUAAGUGGGAUAAGCUAAUUAUACUUUUGUUGUGGUUAAACAAAUGCUUGUUGAUAGCCUUUUUCUAUCAAGAAACCAAGGAGCUAAUUAUUAAUAAUAAUCAUUGCACAUUGAGUCUUAGAGUUUCUGAUUGAAACCGUUUGGAUUGUACAAUAACUCAAAGCCCAGUUGUAGUAGUUUGAGUGCAGUAAUGAAACCUGAAUCUAAAAUAAAAGCAAAUUAUUUUUGUCACGCUGGCUCAACUGCUUGAAAAUUUUAUUUUACUGCCCCAGCCCUCCAAAAAUCUAGCAAUUUCAUAGUAAUAUGUCAAUUUCUCUCUUGAAAUAAUUAAAUUUUAGUUCCAGACAACCUUAUUAAUACUUUCCCCCCCAUACUAAUUUUAUAUUGCCCUGUGCUAGUGAACUUUCUUCUAGCUUACCCUGUUUAUUUUCAGGGUGAUAACUGAAUUAUCAAAUUUUAGGAUUUCAAGGCAAAAAGAAAAAGGGAAGAACUGACUGCAUAAGGCUGGGUGGAAUUUAAAAUAUUUCAUCUUUUUAAAUGACACACAUGUGACAUUUGAAUUAAAUUGCUCUAGGCAGUUAAUUAAACUUUAUUCUACUGCAGGGGUGUAGCACAGUUGUUUUGGUUUUGUUUUUGUU